AUGCUCUCACAAUUGAGAACGAGGGCAAAUGCCUCUCUUCUUACCUCAAGAAGAGCUUCACAAUAUGUACGCUCUUUAUCUUCAUCAUCAUCUUUCCGCGCAUCCUCCAAUGACUCAGAACCAAAACUCAAUAGAGUCUCAUCUGUUAUCACACAACCAAAAUCGCAAGGUGCUUCGCAGGCAAUGUUAUAUGCCACUGGAAUGACCGAAGAAAGAUUGAAUAAAGCACAAGUUGGUAUUUCCUCAGUAUGGUGGUCAGGGAACCCUUGUAACAUGCACUUGUUGGAACUCAACCACAAAGUAAAGGAAGGAGUAGAGAGAGCUGGUUUGGUAGGAUACCAAUUCAACACAAUUGGAGUUUCGGAUGGUAUUUCCAUGGGUACAAAAGGCAUGAGAUAUAGUCUUCAAUCAAGAGAUUUGAUUGCGGAUAGUAUUGAAACUGUGAUGGGUGGCCAAUGGUAUGAUGCGAAUAUCUCGAUUCCUGGAUGCGACAAGAACAUGCCGGGUGUCAUGAUGGGAAUUGGGAGAAUCAACAGACCAUCUCUUAUGGUUUAUGGUGGUUCGAUCAAACCAGGGUGUGCCGCAACACAAAAGAAUGCAGAUAUCGAUAUCGUUUCCGCAUUCCAAGCCUACGGACAGUUCAUUACUGGAGAAAUUACAGAAGAACAAAGAUUUGAUGUUAUUCGUCACGCUUGCCCGGGUCAAGGAGCAUGUGGUGGGAUGUAUACUGCAAAUACGAUGGCAUCAGCCAUUGAAAUCAUGGGAAUGACUCUUCCAGGAUCUUCCACCAACCCCGCAGAUUCCAAGGCCAAAUUACUUGAAUGUUACGCAGCUGGUGGGGCUAUCAAAAAUCUUUUGAAAGAAGACAUCAGGCCUUCAGAUAUCAUGACCAGGAAAGCUUUCGAAAAUGCUAUGGUUCUUGUAACCAUCACAGGUGGAUCUACUAACGCUGUUCUUCAUCUUAUUGCUAUGGCAGAUGCUGUAGGAAUCAAACUCACAAUCGAUGACUUCCAAGCUGUUUCUGACCGCACACCUUUCCUCGCAAACCUCAAACCAUCCGGUAAAUACGUCUUUAAUGAUCUUUAUACCAUCGGUGGGACCCCAUCUCUCAUUAAACUUCUCAUCAAAGAAGGCGUUGUUGAUGGAUCUGGAAUGACUGUAACUGGCAAAACUCUUGCCGAGAACGUCAAGGAUGCUCGUGACUUCCCUUCCGACCAGGAAAUUAUACGUCCUUUCUCAAACCCAAUCAAGGAGACUGGUCACAUUCAAAUUCUACGUGGUUCCCUUGCACCAGGCGGAUCCGUCGGUAAGAUUACCGGUAAAGAAGGAUUACGAUUUGUCGGAAAAGCCAAGGUUUAUGAUGCUGAAGAUGAGUUCAUCCAAGCCCUUGAACGUGGCGAAAUCAAGAAGGGUGAGAAAACGGUGGUUGUCAUUCGUUACGAAGGACCUAAGGGUGGACCGGGUAUGCCAGAGAUGUUAAAACCAUCUUCGGCAAUCAUGGGUGCAGGUCUUGGACAAGACGUCGCACUUAUUACAGAUGGACGUUUCAGUGGAGGAUCACAUGGAUUCUUAAUUGGACAUAUUGUACCUGAGGCCCAAGAGGGAGGACCAAUUGGAUUGGUCAGAGAUGGGGAUAAGAUUAUUAUUGAUGCGGAGACGAGGUUGUUGGAUUUGGAGGUCGAGGGUGGUGAGGAGGAAUUAGAGAGGAGGAGAAAGGAGUUUGUGGCGCCACCGUUGAAAUAUACAAAGGGGACGUUAGCGAAAUACUCCAGAUUAGUGCAGGAUGCUAGUCAUGGGUGUAUUACCGAUUGA